AUAUAAACACCCACUCCCGCAACACUCUUCAUCAUCCAAUAUCACUACACACAUCUCCUUUUGCAAACCAAAUAAAGAAAGAAAAGAAAAAACUAAGUCAGUGAUCAAUAUGGCCGGAGUGAUGAAGUUGGCAUGCUUGUUCUUGGCCUGCAUGAUCGUGGCCGGUCCAAUCACAGCUAACGCGGCUCUGAGUUGUGGCGCCGUUAACAGCAACUUGGGACCGUGCAUUGGAUACGUGAUGCAAGGUGGUAUCAUUCCCCCAGCUUGCUGCACCGGCGUUAGAAACCUUAACAGCAUGGCCCGUACAACCCCAGACCGUCAACAAGCUUGUAGCUGCAUUCAAAAUGCCGCUAGAGGCCUAGGCGGUGGUCUCAACGCUGGCCGUGCAGCUGGAAUCCCCAAGGCAUGUGGAGUCAACAUUCCUUACAAGAUCAGCACCAGCACCAACUGCAAGACCGUGAGGUGAAGGGCGACAGGUGAAGCUACUAGCGGACGUUUCGAAUAUUAUAUAAAAAGGAUGAGAUAAUAUUAAAAUAAGAUGUUCGAAUGGCUGUUUUUAGAGUUUUUUUUUUUGUAAUAAUUUUCCCUGUCUUUUUCUACCCUGGCGUUCAUAUUAUGUGAUCGUCUGUACUAUGUUCGCAAACAACGUUAUAUGAUAUUUUCAGACUUGGAAUUUAAGUUUAUUCUGUC